CGUAUGUCUAUGACAAGUGACCGGUCCAAAGAUGGAGCUCCAAACUUCAGUGAAGAACCUGGACCGUCAGAGCUGACUGAAGUCCAGAAGAUGGAGGAUUGUGAUCUAAAGGUGGACAGAGCAGAACCUUCAGGAUCCAGCUGUCCAUCUAUGAGGAGUGACCGGUCCAGAAAAAAUCCUCCACACUUUAGUGCUGAACCUGGACCCUCAGAGCUGACUGAAGUCCAGAAGAUGGAGGAUUGUGAUCUAAAGGUGGACAGAGCAGAACCUUCAGGAUCCAGCUGUCCAUCUAUGAGGAGUGACUGGUCCAGAAAAAAUCCUCCACACUUUAGUGCUGAACCUGGACCCUCAGAGCUGACUGAAGUCCAGAAGAUGGAGGAUUGUGAUCUAAAGGUGGACAGAGCAGAACCUUCAGGAUCCAGCUGUCCAUCUAUGAGGAGUGACCGGUCCAGAAAAAAUCCUCCACACUUUAGUGCUGAACCUGGACCCUCAGAACAGAGGAAGAGGAGCAGCGUUGGUGUGGAGGAGCAGCCGUCCUGCUGUGCUUUGUGUCAGAAGGUCCUGAUGGACCCGGUCUCUACCAGCUGUGGACACUGGUUCUGCAGACAGUGCAUCACGUCAUACUGGGUGCAGUCUGCUACAUCAGGACCCUCCUCCUGCCCCCAGUGUGGGAAAAGUCCGAGAACAGGACCUGGACUGCUAGCAGCCAAUCAAAAAAGCUGUGCUCCAGAUGUUGGUCUGCAGGAGGUUCUAGAGGAACAUAAGAUCAGUCUGAGGAGGAGAUGUGAACGUGUGACUGAAGGAAGUGAUGAACCAGGAAGUAGAACCCUCCUCAACAGGAUCUACACUGAUCUCUACAUCACAGAGGGACAGAGUGAAGAGGUUAAUACCCAACAUGAGGUGAAGCAGCUGGAGAGAGCUUCCAGGAUCCAGAACCUCCAUGACUCUCCAAUCAGGUGCCACGACAUCUUUAAAGCAUUACCUGACCAACAUGGAGCCAUCAGAGUGGUUCUGACCAACGGCGUCGCUGGUGUUGGAAAAACCUUCUCAGUGCAGAAGUUCACUCUGGACUGGGCCGAGGGCUUGGAGAACCAAGAUGUCCGUGUGGUGGUUCUGCUGUCGUUCAGGGAGCUGAACCUGAUCAGAGGUGAGCAGCACAGUCUUCUCACGCUGCUCCAUGUUUUCCAUCCAACCCUCCAGAAGCUCCCAGCAGAGCAGCUGGCUCGCCACAAACUUCUCUUCAUCUUUGACGGCCUGGAUGAAAGCAGACUUUAUCUGGACUUCAACCACAGUUGGCUGGUUUCUAACGUCACACAGAAGUCAUCAGUCGACGUUCUGCUGACAAACCUCAUCAAGGGAAACCUGCUUCCCUCGGCUCUGGUCUGGAUCACCUCCAGACCUGCAGCGGCCAAUCAGAUCCCUCCUUCAUGUGUUGCCAGGGUAACAGAGGUACGAGGCUUCACCGACGCCCAGAAGGAGGAGUACUUCAGGAGGAGGUUCAGUGAUGAAGAGCUGUCCAGCAGAAUCAUCUCCCACAUCAAGACCUCCAGGAGCCUCCACAUCAUGUGUGGAAUCCCAGUCUUCUGCUGGAUCACUGCUACGGUUCUGGAGAACAUGUUGACCACAGAGCAGCGAGGAGAGCUGCCCAAGACCAUGACUGACAUGUACUCUCACUUCCUGCUGGUACAGACCAGGAGGAAGAAGAACAAGUUCCAUGAAGGACAUGGGAGGAGUCAGAGGAAGCUGACGAAAACUGACAGGGAAGUUCUCCUGAAGCUGGGGAGGCUGGCAUUAGAACAUCUGGAGAAAGGAAACAUCAUGUUCUACCAAGAAGACCUGCAGCAGUGUGGUCUGGAUGUCACAGAGGCCUCGGUGUACUCAGGAGUUUGUACAGAGAUCUUCAAGAGAGAGAGCGUGAUCUUUCAGAAAGCAGUCUACUGCUUUGUUCAUCUGAGCAUUCAGGAGUUUCUGGCUGCAGUCUACAUGUUCCACUGCUUCACCAGCAGGAACACAGAGGUAGUGAAGAACUUCCUGUGGAGAGAUGACUUCAGCAGGAACACAAAGGAGUACUUACUGCGGGGGCGAUACUAUUAUUAUCCUCUGUAUGACUUCCUGAAGAGAAUCAUGGAUAAAUCCCUCAGAAGUGAAAAUGGCCACCUGGACCUGUUUGUCCGCUUCCUUCAUGGCCUCUCUGUGGAGUCCAACCAGAGACUCUUAGGAGGCCUGCUGGGUCAGACAAAGAACAGUCCAGGAACCAUCAAGAGAGUCAUCAACAACCUGAAGGACAUGAACAUGGAUUAUAUCUCACCUGACAGAAGCAUCAACAUCUUCCACUGUCUGAUGGAGAUGAAGGACCUCUCAGUUUAUCGGGAGAUCCAACAGUUCCUGAAAUCAGAGAACAGAUCAGAGGAGCUCUCUUUGUUCCAGUGCUCAGCUCUGGCCUACAUGCUGCAGAUGUCAGAGGAGGUUCUGGAUGAGUUGGACCUGGGGAAGUACAACACAUCAGAGAGAGGACGACGGAGACUGAUUCCAGCUGUGAGGAACUGCAGAAAGGCUCGACUAGUGGGCUGUAGUCUCUCAGAGACUGAAUGUGAGGUUGUGGCCUCAGCUCUGAAGUCCAACCCCUCCCUGACUGACCUGGAAAUAGACGAGAUCAGUGAUGGAGGGAAAACCUUUGGAGACUCUGAGAUGAAGCUUCUCUGUGAGGUCCUGAAGAGUCCAGUCUGUAAAGUAAAGAAGCUGAGACUAGUGGGCUGUAGUCUCUCAGAGACUGAAUGCGAGGCUGUGGCCUCAGCUCUGAAGUCCAACCCCUCCCUGACUGACCUGGAAAUAGACGAGAUCAGUGAUGGAGGGAAAACCUUUGGAGACUCUGAGAUGAAGCUUCUCUGUGAGGUCCUGAAGAGUACAGUCUGUAAAGUAAAGAAGCUGAGAUUGUGGGGCUGCAGUUUGUCAGAGAUCAGCUGUGAUUAUCUGGUAUCAGUGCUGAAGUCCAACCCGUCCCAUCUGACACAACUGGACCUGAGCUCCAACGACCUGAAAGAUUCUGGAGUGAAGGAGCUCUGUGGUUUCCUCCAGAAUCCCCUCUGCAAACUACAGAUAUUGAGCUUGGAGAGCUGCAGGUUGUCAAAGAUCAGCUGUGACAAUCUGGUAUCGGCUCUGAAGUCCAACCCGUCCCAUCUGACAGAACUGGACCUAAGAGGAAACAACCUGAAGGAGUCAGAUGUUCAGCAGCUGGAGGAUCUUGUAAAGAGUCCAGAUUACAAACUGAAAUCUCUGAAGUGGAGGUGAUGAUCUUUGUAGAGGAGAGAAGCUGAGCUGUCCUGAUGAUCCAGAGGUUGAAGCUGCAGCAGUUUGAGUUUAAAGAGACUCUGACUGGAUCCUGAUGAACUCUGAGUUUAGAGAUGUUGAUCCUGUUUAUCUGAUCAUGUCUGUCAUUUAGUGUCUGAUAUUGUUUGUAGUAGUUUAGUUUAAUCGAUCUUCAACACAAAAUAUUAUAGUCAACCAGUCAACAGUCAAGCAAUUUAUAGGUAAAAUUG